AUGCUGCACCCACAACCCCCACCAGCGCUACUGCCCCACGCCCGCCCCAAGGCUCCCCAGGUGGGCAGCAGGGGUUGGAGGUGGAAUUACAGGGCCGAGGACACGAUCGUACGACGGGAACGAAAGGGCGAGGACCAGCUCAUCGCCUUUCUGCGACUGGAGGAGCUGGACCAGCCGCACCUCGAGGGAGUGUUCCCGGUGCUCUUCGUGCACGGCCAUGCCGGCGAGUGGCAGCAGGGCAACCACCUCGCGCACGUGUUCAACCAGAAAGAGUUUCAAGAGUUGAACCACGCGAAGGUACGGAUGUUCACGAUCGACUUUGCCAGGCGGCAGAUGGCCUGCAGGGGCGAUCUGCUGGGCCAGCAGGCGCACUUCGUCAAUCAAUGCAUUCGCCACAUUCUUCAGGACUACCUCCAGGGCUCGGUGUCUUCGGUCCUGGUCGUGGGGCACAGCAUGGGCGGACUGGUGGGCAGGGCCACCAUGAUGCAGAGCAACUUCCUGCCCGGUUCCAUUUCCGCUCUCAUCACCCUGGGCACUCCCCAUCGUCUCACGUCGCUUCAAUUCGACCGCACGCUGUUCCACUUUUACUGGGAGCUGCAGAGUUUCCUGGACACCCAGCAAGAAGCCGCCAAUUCGGUUCCAAUGCUGUCCAUCUCUGGCGGGUGGCGAGACACCAUGAUUGCGGGCGAGGCGUCCGUGCUCGCUACCGUCGUGCCCGAAUCCAGCGGCCUGUUCGUGCUGACGUCCUCCAUCCCGGGGCUCUGGGCGUCUGUGGACCACGACGGCCUCUACAGUUGCGAACAGCUCCUCACCAUCGUAGCGCGGUGUGCAUUCGACAUCAUGACGUCCAGCGAAGAGGCUGCAAUCGAACCCCUGUUCAGAAAGCACUUCACCAGCAACGUCCCACAAGCACUCGCCCUGCGUCCCAAUGCCCCCGACACAGCGAGGGAGGUCUCGCCAUUGGGGGAGAGCUUGAAAGACGAUGCCUCGCAGGCACGACCAGCCAUGGCGGCCCACCUGCCUCUCUUGGUGUUGGGCGGCCGCGACGCCGGCAACACCUACUCCAUUCUGCUCAGAAAAUGGAAGGAGCAACACAGCCACCCGAUGCUGGUCAUCGCCACCACUUGGCCCAGCUCGGCGCUCACGGUCAGGCUCAUCAACGAGGCAAUCGUGAAUCGACAGGACUGGGCCAGCCUGGUUCGGGACACGGCAGCCGAGCGGAGGUACAUGCCUGGCGCGGUCCCUCGCACCACUCAAGUCCUCCUUCUCCGCCCCGAACAGCUCGAAGAGUAUUCUGAAGUACGAAUUGAUGUGAGCCCGAGCGUAGGCGAUGGAGGAGAUCAAACGAAGGCGCUGGUGCAGAUAUUCAACGCUGCCCCCGCCUCGACCAAGCUAGCCCGCCCCACCCUGCGCGAAUUCUUCCUGCGUUCGAUCAGUGUGGUGCGUGCUGUGCGUGCCGUGCCUGCCAUGCAACUGCACGUCCGCCUCAGCCCGCCGCAGUCGAUGUCGGACGGAGCUGAGCCCCUGUUUCCGCCGACAGUGUUCCAGUUCUUCGAGUGCCGCAAUGAUAGCCGACUGACCAUGUGGGAGGAGGCCACACACGUGCUGCCCGAGCCCGGACUCGUGCCGCUCCUCGCCGCCGGCGCGACCAUCCGCUUCCACACGCGCGCCAUUCCCGCCGCGGCCACGGACGAGUGCAACGGCAAAGGGCACCACUUGGUGCUCCUCACCGACCCGCGCUUCUCAUACCAGGUGUCGUUGGAAAACGAUUAUGUGAGCUACGUGACGGUGUUCCUGCCGAUGUACGUAGCGCUGCUCAUUCCCUCGGCCUUUGCCUGGUACUUCGCGGCCCUCGCGUACCAAUUCUAUUGCUGGCGUGUCAUCGGAUCGUUCCCGCCAUUGGUAGCAUCGCUCCACCGGCUCGCGGCCCAUUUCGGCUGGCUCUUCGUGGCGGUCUAUGCCCUGGCCCGACUGUUCCCCUACUUCCAGCUGCAGUCCAUCAAGUCCGGCGAGGACGUACUCUCGUGGACGCUCACCACCGACCCCGACGCUGCUCUUCCUUCUCACCUCUUCGUGCGCGCCGCCAAGCGGGCCGGCCACGCUUGGAAAUUGAUCGUGCGAUCGGCCGGCUUCCGUCUGGGCCUCUACCUGCUGGUGGCGCUGUGCAGCCUCGUCGACAGCCUCUACGCGUGGAUACCGCUCGUCGUCAUCCUCACCGCCUAUCGCCCCAACCACGCUCAAGAGACUUCGGGGUGGAACUUCAGGCGAACGUGGGCGGUGCUGUUCCUGCUGCGGAUCGUGCAGUCGUUCGUGUGCCUCAACAAUCCGCUCAAGCUGGACGUGUGGGCGCGCGAGUUCCGCUUCGACUCGGCCGUCGCCUUUGCCCUCGCUCCGCUCCUCUUCGGCUGCCACGCCCUUUCUAUCACCAACGCGGCACUGCCCAAGGACCGCCUCAUGACCUAUGCUCCAGUGGCGUGCCUGGUGUACAUACUCCUCUUUUGCAUGCACGCCCCGUUCAAGAUCACGACCGUCUACUCGAGCUACGCCCUGUUCCUGUUCGUCUACGUCGCCUUCCAUCGAUGGCGGAAGCGCAACGGCCUGGCGUAG